AUGCAUUUCUUUUAUGUUGGGUCUCACGCUUCGGAGUUCCAGCACAAGUCACGAGUGACAGAGGAAGACAGUUUGUUUGACGCCUCACUAUUUCGAAAUGUCGCACAAGCAUGUGGAAUCCACUUGAUACAAACAUCAGCUUAUCACCCGCAAUCAAAUGGUUUAAUCGAGACAGUACACAGGACAUUGAAAGCAGCUCCAAUGUGCCAUGAGGAUCAUUCAUGGAUAGAGGCUUUACCAUGGGUAUUAUUAGGACUUCGCUCAGCUGUUAAAGAAGACUUAAAGAAUUCUAGCGCAGAACUCACCUAUGGAGAACCUUUGAGACUUCCUGGUCAAUUCUUUAAAGAUCACACGGGCAUAUCAACUACAACCGUCAUGGAUAAAUUACAUAAGAUCUUUAGAAAUUUAAAGCCACAGCCUACGUCAUCUCAUAGCCCGAAAAAGAGUUUUAUCCAUAAAGACCUGGACAAGUCUAGUCAUGUUUUCAUCAGGCAAGAUAUGAUAAAGCCGACUCUGACGCAACCUUAUGAAGGACCUUACAAGGUUUUGGAAAGAGGAGACAAGACUUUUAAACUGGACGUUUUGGGCCAGCCAAAAUCCUUUUCUAAAGACAGACUGAAGCCUGCAUACACGACUGCCGAAGAAUGCACAACAGCAGAGCACGUCACAUCUGAAAAAUAUACAACAAGACGAGGACGGCAGGUACGAUUUCAGAAUUACAAAGAAUAA